GCCCGCCGCCCGCCGCCCGCCGCCGCCACCAUGCCCAACUUCGCCGGCACCUGGAAGAUGCGCAGCAGCGAGAAUUUCGACGAGCUUCUCAAGGCUCUGGGUGUGAACGCCAUGCUGAGGAAGGUGGCCGUGGCCGCGGCCUCCAAGCCCCACGUGGAGAUCCGCCAGGACGGGGAUCAGUUCUAUAUCAAGACGUCCACCACGGUGCGCACCACCGAGAUCAACUUCAAGGUGGGAGAGGGCUUCGAGGAGGAGACGGUGGACGGACGCAAGUGCAAGAGUCUGCCCACCUGGGAGAACGAGAACAAGAUCCGCUGCACACAGACGCUUCUCGAGGGGGACGGCCCCAAAACCUACUGGACCCGUGAGCUGGCCAACGACGAGCUCAUCCUGACAUUCGGCGCCGACGACGUGGUGUGCACGAGGAUUUACGUGCGGGAGUGAAGACGGAGCAGGGGCAGGCUCCCUC